UAUAGUAACGAUUAAAAUAAAGAUAUGCAAGGUCACACCAUUUUUUAAAUUUAUGUAUAACUGUUGCAUAGAAUUGAAGCAUCGUCAGAAUGCUAGCUAAUACAGAAAGUCUGCUCAUUAUUGUGUAUAUCUGGUAAUUCCUGGUAAUUGGAAUAAAAUAUAAAAACAGGCAUAUUGUUAGUUUAUCACUAGCAGAAUGGCAAAGUCACAUACUAAGUCACAUACUAUGGAGUUUGUAUGUGCAGGUUUAGCAGGAUGUGGUGCCGGUGUCUUCACAACACCUUUGGAGGUUGUAAAAAUCCGGAUGCAGCUUCAGGGAGAACUGCUCAGAAAAGGACACUAUACGGUUCAUUACAGAAACUGCGUACAUGCUUUUUACACUAUCGUUAAAUCAGACGGGCUUCUUGCACUACAGAAGGGACUGGUUCCCGCACUUUGGUUCCAACUUGUGCACAAUGGUACCCGGCUUGGUUCAUAUCAAGUUAUCAUCAACACGGGUUUCACGAGAGACGAGGAAGGAAAUUCAAAAUGGGGGCGCUACGUGCUUGCUGGAGCUGCUUCCGGUGGAUUUGGAGCAGCGGUGGCAAGCCCUUUUUAUCUGGUAAAGACCCACCUUCAAGCACGUGCAAAUCAAGCUAUAGCAGUCGGAACACAGCAUCCACACGAUUCCAUGACAAAAGGUUUUAAAAUGAUUUUCCAGGAACAAGGAAUAAGAGGAUUAUGGCGCGGAACAAUGGCAGCUGUACCAAAGAGUACGGUCGGUUCUGCAGCACAGCUUGCUACAUUCAGCAGUUCUAAAGAUUAUAUCGUCAGUCUAAAGUUGUUCGAACCAAACAGCAUUUUAAACCCAUUCUUCGCAAGUAUAGUUGGAGGAGUGUUAAUAGUCGCUUGUAUGACUCCCUUUGACGUUGUAGCAACGCGCAUGUACAAUCAACCAGUCAACGAUCAUGGACAUGGGACGCUUUAUAGGAAUGUGCCAGACUGUUUUAUUAAAAUACUGCACGAGGAAGGGAUUUGGGGAUUCUACAAGGGCUGGGGACCAUCAUUCUUUAGACUGGUUCCCCAUACAGUGUUAACUUUAGUAUUCUGGGACCAGCUAAGACUUCUACAUCAUAAAUGGACAUCAGAUAUCAACCUCCCUACAUAAGCACAAUAUCUAGUAACAUCCGGUUUAUGCACAUAAACCCAACGACGUUGCUU